UUUCUACAAGAGUCAGUGCUUCGCGUUGUCGCUCGUUGACCUGUGUUUUUGUUUAAACUUCGUUAAAUUUUUGUUUAUACUUUUUUUUUGCAUCUAUUGAGUGAAUAUUCUGUUGUUUUGUGAGCAGUAUCUGAAAGCAAAUGAAAAAGAUAUACAUUGGCACGUUGUUUAAUUAAACGGUUGCGCCGUUGCAACAUCACACACAAAUACACCUACAAUUUGUUGCAAGUCUUUGCAUGCCGUCACAGCCAGCAGUCGCCGCACAAACACUCACACACAUGCGCAACCACUCACGCACACAUACAGCGACGCAUGCGCUGCAGCAUUUACAAGUUUGUGCAUGAGUGCAGGUGUUUCUUCUGUUUCUUUUCGUAUGGUUCGGUUAUAUUCAUUAUUUCUUUUUUGUCGUGCCGCCAGUUCGCUGCGAUCCCUUGACGAGUGCGCGAGUUUUGUGCGUGGCGAGUCGCGAGUGAGUUUUCCAGUUCGGAAAUUUAACGGAAACCGGCCACGCUUUCAUCAUAAUCAUCGUCGUUAACUCAACACAGAAAAAAGAGAAAGAAAGAGAUAAAUAAGUGCAUGGCCGUUAAAAAAUUCGCAAGCUCUGCAAAUACGUAUACGAAUAUCAUUUGAUUUUUUGUUUUGUGUUGUUUCAAGUGUUGCACCAAACAAAAUAUCUAGAACUAAUUAAAAGUUGAACACCGACAUACAAAAACAACAACAAAAGCAUUAACGACAACUGGACUAACGAGAAAUUGUUGCUCGUUAUUAUGUUGGACACGCCCACAAAGGCAGCUAACGCAACUGUAGAGUGAGGACGAACGCCAGCUGAAACUAUAAACUGCAGCAGCAGCAGCAGCAGGAGCAGCAGCAGCAGCAGCAGCAGUCUGUGUGUGUUGGUGGCUCGAGCUUGGCCAACUAUCAUUGUGUGUGGCAUUGGGCAACAUUUUAAUUGAAAAAGUUUUAGUCUGGUCUGAGGCGAAACGUCACACAAAUAUGACUGUCAAAUUGGCCAAACUCUUUGGCAGCGGCAGCAGCAAUAAAUCCAAGGCGAACAGCGGCAGCGGCAGCGGCAGCAAUGCGUCCAAUGCGUCCAUGCCCCUAAAUGGCCAUGGCCAAAAUAUGCAGCUACCGGCGCCGUCACUGCCAAUGCCAGCCAAUGGAAAUGUGAAGCUGAUUAAAUACUGCGAUCAUCAACAUGACCGCCAGCGGCCGGCGGCAAUGACCAUUUACGGGCAUGCCUAUGAAUGCAACCAGAUGGAGGUGGAGCUGGAGAACGACUACGAUGACAACAUGUCACUGAGCUCGGCCUACAUGCAGCGCAAUCAUCCCUACAACAACUCGCAGCGUCCGCUGCUGGGCGAGCGGCGUCCCCAGCUGCAGGUGACCAAGGCCGCUGGCAAGAAGAAGACGGCGACGGGCUCGCCCAUGGCCGGUAUACCGCUGCCGGCGCCCCCGCUGCCGCCGCAGCGCCACUGCAAUGGCAGCGACGCCUACGUCUCGCCGUAUGUGCAGCAACAGAAGCGCGAUAGCGCCAAGGGAUUGCACGGCUUUAACGACUUUGAUGCCCUCUCCCAGCAGUACAAUCAGCAUCUGCAGAGUCCGCACAUUGGCUAUCCGUAUGGCAGUCCGCCCUCGCCGACGGCUCAGUCGAGUGACUUCUGCUUCGAUGGGGAGCGCGAGAAAUCCUUUAAGCCCGUCUCAUCCACCGGCAGCUCGACGGCCACAACCAAAUCGAAUUGUAGCUCCAGCUCGGCUGCCAAUGGCUCACCGCCGACCAAUGCCUGCUAUCAUCCGUCCGACUCUGGCAAUUAUCUGGACGCACAGCACACGGCGAACGCCCAGCUGAUGCUGCACUCGUCACGUUUCGAGGAUGAUUUCUGUACGCGGCGCAAUGUUGAUUUUUUGACCGACACCGAGCGGUCGGGCCUGAAUUCGAAUACGAAUCUGAAUCCCCAUCCCCAGCCACAGCCAGUGGGGUGCCCAACCACGGGUCCCUUCAUAUUCGGCAUCUCGCAUGAGCAACAGCAAACGGAUUAUGGCCACCGCAGCAGUUGCAGCAUCGACAGCAUCACCAAAACUAACACCAACAGCAACAGCAGCAGCAACAGGACCAGCAGCAACAACAACAAUCUCUAUCAGCCUGUGAUAAAUGCCACGCCCAUUAAGGAACACAAUGCACUG